ACUGUGCGACUAAGAUAGUCAUAACAUUCCUAAAUCAUAACAUUAAAGCUUUCAGCUAAAGAAUUUCUCAUAAUUUUGAACGGGAAAAAAGUGGUAAUUUACUCAUCUCCAUGUUGUUCCAAACCUAUUUCUUUUGAGUGCAGUUCUUCUGAAAUACAUCAGUUGGCUGAAGAACAGCAAGAAUCGUUUACUGAUAAUAUUCCCCUCCAAGCUAUUGCAUUCUGAACAUUUUGUACCUUCAUUUUCCAACCCUUUGACCCUACCUCAGGUAAAAAUGGGUGAAGAUCCAUCUGACAUCCAGUCAUUCUGGUUCUACUUGACAAACCCUUGAAAUGUGGAGGUGAAAUCACAAGACUCCUGAGAUGCAACAAACAUGUUGUCCCAACGCUCUUGAUUCUGCCCAUACUGGAGAUGAAUUGUGCAGCACUGCCCUCUACUGGAUAUAUUCAUUCAUAGAUCAUUGCUGAGCUUUUCAGUAUAGGCAGAGGAUUUGGAAAGCAAAGAAAAGAAAUCCAAAUCAACCCGGUUAAAAAGUGAAUUUAAUAUGAAUUUUAAAGAAAAUAAUUCUUUAGGUGCUGAUAUUGUUUUUCAGUCAUACAAUGCAUGCACAGUUAUUAGCAAAAAUGCUGUUUAAAACAGUUUUAGAUGAACGGAUGCCAUAGCAUGUCACACUCAAGAACAUGUGUGCUUCCCACAAGCAUUAAUGCCAAGUUGUCAAAUACUCUUAAUGUCAGAAGAAGACAGAAUGCAUGACAAAAUAUCACCCACUACUAAAUAAAAGUCUUUGUUUUAAAAUUGAAGAAAAGGGACACCUACCAGUUAGAAUGGUCUCUUUAAUAACCACAGGAGGGCUCUAGAGCCAAGGGUUCCUAAGAGACCGUGCAUCUGAUUGCAGGAAUGGAAGAACAAGAUGGAGAAUCCCUUGGCUGAACCAUGAGGCCAGCUGUGAGUUACAGGAGUUAACACAGUCAGAGCACUGAUUACUCUAAUAAAACUUCUCACGCUGAUUGUCCAAAUAAAACUUCCCUCACUGGGAAGGCAUAAAACUUCACCGAGCGGCUCCCUUGGACAGAAAAUGGGCACCACUAUCCCAGACAUAGCGACUAUCCUCCGAUGUGUCCCGAAGCUGGGAAGCAGCAGUGACUGUUGUGAAUCACAAAAAGAGAGAGCUCUGCGUUCAAGUCCUCGGUAAAAGAUUUGAAUCCAGCAGCAGGUCUCAUCCUCAAAUAAGGCAUGAUGUAAGACAUCAGCUAUGACCUCAGCCACGCCCCCUUCCUCCCGUAGCCCCUCCCCACAGAAGGUCUGCCACUCCCAGACACAGACAGACGUUCUAAAGCCACUCCUAGGCGGAGGAGGCGGGGCUUCAACAGGAAACGGACCUGCGGCAUUGAGACGCCGUCGACGGGUGCUAUCUAAAGAUGGGCGGAGCAAUGUACGCAUCGAACACGUCAGCGGCCGAGGGACGCUUUACCUGCGUGACCUCUGGACGACCUUUCUGGACAUGCAGUGGCGCUACAAGCUUUUCCUGUUUUCCGCCACCUUCGCUGGCACCUGGUUUGUCUUUGGAGUGCUGUGGUACUUGGUGGCACUUGUGCAUGGAGAUUUGCUAGAGUUUGACCCUCCGUCCAACCACACACCAUGUGUGAUGCAGGUCCAAACCCUAACUGGAGCAUUCCUUUUCUCCCUGGAAUCACAAACUACGAUCGGUUAUGGCUUUCGCUGCAUCACUGAGGAAUGCCCACUUGCUAUCAUCCUGCUUAUUGUCCAGCUUGUCAUCACCAUGGUGAUGGAGAUCUUCAUCACUGGAACCUUCCUUGCCAAGGUAGCACGGCCGAAGAAACGUGGUGAGACGGUGAAGUUCAGUCAGCAUGCUGUGGUCGCCAAUCAUGAGGGCCGACCUUGUCUCAUGAUCCGUGUCGCUAACAUGCGUAAGAGCCUCCUUUUGGGCUGCCAGGUAACAGGUAAGCUUCUGCAGACGUCGCUGACUAAAGAGGGUGAGACGGUGCGUCUGGAUCAGAGAAAUGUAGCCUUCCAAGUGGACACGUCCAGUGACAGCCCCUUCCUCAUCCUGCCCCUCACUUUCUACCACGUGAUAGACGACAACAGCCCACUGCGGGCCUGGGCUGCCAAAGGUACUGAAGACUAGGAGAACUAAGAGGAUAACUGGAACAAUAAA